GGAGCAGAUCUCGUUGUCUCUUUCGGCGAAUCAUGAUUCUGUUUGGAUCUCUUGGAUCACUGGUAAAUGCGAGGGGAUUGUCAAAUCGGGAGUGACAUCAAGCCUUUGGAUCCCAAAAGCGCAGCCAGCAUUGUUCAUUAUGGAAGAACACGACAUCCUUUAAAUCUCCAAGCCACUGGCAGUUCACUUGUUUACAACCAGUUAUACCCAUUUGAAGGCCUCCAGAAUUACACUUCUGGAAUAAUUCACCAUGUUCGCCUUACAGGACUAAAGCCAGGGACACAGUAUUUUUAUCAAUGUGGAGACCCCUCCAUUGCCUUGAGCGAUAUCCACUUUUUCAAGACCAUGCCAGUUUCAGCACCUAAGAGUUACCCAAAACGAAUAGCGAUUGUUGGUGAUAUGGGUCUUACUUACAACACUACAUCCACAGUCAGUCAUAUGAGAAGUAACGAGCCUGAUCUGAUUGUCUUGGUGGGUGAUGUUACUUAUGCAAAUAUGUAUUUGACAAAUGGAACUGGAUCAGACUGCUAUUCUUGUUCAUUUCAUGAUACUCCAAUACAUGAGACUUACCAACCUCGUUGGGAUUACUGGGGAAGGUUUAUGGAGCCAACAUUGUCAGAAAUUCCUAUAAUGGUAAUAGAAGGAAACCAUGAGUUAGAAAAGCAGGCUGAAGACAAGACUUAUGUAUCAUACAGUUCCAGGUUUGCAUUUCCAUCUGAAGAAAGCGGAUCAUCAUCAACAUUUUAUUAUUCUUUUAAUGCUGGGGGAAUACAUUUCAUCAUGCUUGGUGGCUACACUUCCUAUGACAAAUCAGGAGAGCAGUACAAAUGGUUGGAGAAAGACUUAUCAAAUGUAGACAGAACAGUAACCCCUUGGUUGAUAGCUACGUGGCAUCCACCUUGGUACAGCACCUACAAAGCCCAUUACAGGGAAGCAGAGUGUAUGAGAGUGGAAAUGGAAGACCUGCUCUAUUCCUAUGGUGUUGAUGUAGUCUUCAAUGGCCAUGUUCAUGCCUACGAAAGAUCAAAUCGAGUGUACAACUACACAUUAGAUCCAUGCGCUCCACUUCAUAUAGUUGUUGGAGAUGGUGGCAACAGAGAGAAGAUAGCUGUUAAUCAUGCAGAUGAACCUAGCCACUGCCCAGAUACAUCAAAAGCAAGUGACUGGACAGAGAAAUUAUGUGCCUUCAACUUCACCACUGGCCCCGCCGCGGGAAAAUUCUGCUGGGACCGUCAACCUGACUAUAGUGCUUAUCGAGAAAGCAGCUUCGGCCAUGGAAUAUUGGAGGUAAAGAAUGAAACCCAUGCGUUAUGGACUUGGCACCGGAACCAAGAUUUAUAUGGAACCCCCGGAGACCAAAUUUACAUAGUAAGACAGCCCGAUAAGUGUCCUACCGGACCAAAUGAGAGGUCUGCCGAACCAAAGCCAGCAGCUGCAGACACCCAAAACUUACUGAAAUCAGCAACGCUCGGUGCACUAAAUUUACCUCGUUCAAUCGGUGCUUUCUAGUUAUAUAAAUCACCAAGAAGCAUGCCACAGAAAUAUACAAGACUAACUGUAUAUAUACUGGAUACACAUACUUUCAGCCGUUACUGUAAGAGCAGAAAAGAAAGCAGAGUAGGAGAAGAUGGAUACAGAGAUCUAUAGACUUGAUUCCUAGAAUUUAUACAGGAUUUAGGAGUGUACUGAUAUGUAUAGGUUUUGAGAAAGCUGCAAGAGGAUAUGAGUAGGUUAAAUGAAGACUCACAAGGUUCAUGUACAACAUUUUGGCACAUGAUGAUGAGUAUAAACUGAAUAUAAUGAGUUGGCAGUGCUUGUAUGUAAA